UUCAGAGAAGUUUCGGUUUCGCACGAUAGGGACCUUGACUAUCAUAUAGUUGUUUUUCGAAGUUUGGAAUGCCAUACCAUUGUAAACAUGGAUAAAGAUCGGACUUUACACGUUCGAGCUAUCGGUAGAGAGAUAUCCAAGCAAGAAUUAAUGAUAUAUUUCCAAUCACGUAAACAUUCUGGAGGUGGAGAUAUAAGCUCGGUAGACUUGAAUGAAAGCGAAGCGGUCAUAACAUUCGAAGAAAGCGAUGUUGCACAGAAUGUCAUAGGAAGAGCGCCACACACUAUAAAUGGGACAAAGGUGGAAGUUUCCUACCAAACAUUCACAGAAGAGUUCCAGUCUGAGGAUAGAUCAGUAAAUAAGACCUGUAUUGUUAUUGUUCGUGGUCUACCUCAGGAUUCAACGGAAGACAGUGUUUUGAAUUACUUUGAGAACUCAAGGCGGUCGAAAGGUGGCGCCGUUGAAGAAGUGAAAAUCGAAGGCAAUGUAGCACGAGUGAAGUUUGAGUCAUCUGAAGUGGCACAAAGUGUUGUCAAGCAUGAUCAGCAUAUCCUGAAUGGUGCUACACUUCAUGUCAGUCUCGAAUUGCUUGAUAAUGCUGAAAAUACAAGCAAAACUAUCCAGAUAACUGGCCUUACUGCGCAGAGUACUGAAGACUCCAUUCGCAACUACUUUGAAAAUGAGAGACGUUCUGGGGGUGGAGAGGUAGAAGUUGUUAUUUUUCGGCCGGAAGAAAAUGUGGCCUUUGUGACUUUCAAAGAUGUUGAUGUUGCAAAGAAGGUCAUAGGUAGAACACACACUUUGAAUGGAACAACAGUGGAAGUCUCAUGCCAUUCAAUCAUUGACGAGUUCCAGGCUAAGGGCGGGUCAGAAAAUCAGACCGGUGUUGUUCUCGCUCAAGGACUACCUCAAAAUGCAACGGAAGACACGGUUUUGAAUUACUUCGAGAACUCGGGACGGUCGGAGGGCGGCGCUGUUGAAGAAGUGAAAAUCAAAGGCACUGAAGCACGAGUGCUGUUUGAGUCAUCUGAAGUGGCACAAAGUGUUGUCAAGCAUGAUCAGCAUAUCCUGAAUGGUGCUACACCUCAUGCGAGUUUCGAAUUGCUUGAUAAUGCUGAAAAUACACGCAAAACCAUCCAGAUAACUGGCCUUACUGCGCAAAGCACUGAAGACUCCAUUCGCAACUACUUUGAAAAUGAGAGACGUUCUGGGGGUGGAGAGGUAGAAGCUGUGACUUUUCUGCCCGAAGAAAAUGUGGCUCUUGUGACUUUCAAAGAUGUUGAGGUUGCAAAGAAGGUCUUAGGUAGAACACACACUAUAAAUGGAACAACAGUGGAAGUCUCACGCCAUUCAAUCACUGACAAGUUCCAGGCUAAGGACGGAUCAGGAGAUCAGUCCCGUGUUGUCAUCGUUCAAGGACUACCUCAAAAUGCAACGGAAGACACUGUUUUAAAUUACUUUGAGAACUCGAGGCGGUCGGGAGGUGGCGUUGUUGAAGAAGUGAAAAUCAAAGGCAAUGAAGCACGAGUUCUGUUUGAGUCAUCUGAAGUGGCUCAAAGUGUGAUAAAGCAUGAUCAGCAUAUCCUGAAUGGUGCCACACUUCAUGUCAGUCUCGAGUUGCUCGAUAAUGCUGAAAAUACAAGCAAAACCAUCCAGAUAACUGGCCUUACUGCGCAAAGCACUGAAGACUCCAUUUGCAACUACUUUGAAAAUGAGAGACGUUCUGGGGGUGGAGAGGUAGAAGCUGUGACUUUUCGUCCGGAAGAAAAUAUGGCUCUCGUGACUUUCAAAGAUGUUGAGGUUGCAACGAACGUCUUAGGUAGAACACACACUUUAAAUGGAACAACAGUGGAAAUCUCACGCCAUUCAAUCACUGACGAGUUCCAGGCUAAGGACGGAUCAGGAGAUCAGUCCCGUGUUGUCUUCGUUCAAGGACUACCUCAAAAUGCAACGGAAGACACUGUUUUAAAUUACUUUGAGAACUCGAGGCGGUCGGGAGGUGGCGUUGUUGAAGAAGUGAAAAUCAAAGGCAAUGUAGCACGAGUUCUGUUUGAGUCAUCUGAAGGUAACUGCAAAGCAUUCAGAGCUGUCUGA